AUGCUGAUACAAGACACUGUGAGUGAGAAAGUAGAUACGACCGUUGUUCAAGUUCCGGCCAUGUUUAAGGUCGAAACAGAUAUUGAGGUCGUCGGAACUGGAUCUCCAAUUGAGGGGAAGGGUGUUGCCACCGGAGUGGGUGGUACUGUCCGUUCCAGCAUUGGCACUCGUUCUGGCAGCACUGGCACUCGUUCUGGUAGCACUGGCACUCGUUCUGGUAGCACUGGCAGUUCCACCGAUUCUGGAGGCACUGGCAGUCCGCGCCACUCUGACCACUCUGGCAGCCCUCGCCACCCUGGCAGCCCUCGCCACCCUGGCAGUCCUCGCCACCCUGGCAGCCCUCGCCACCCUGGCAGUCCUCGCCACUCUGACCAGCCUGACCACUCUGGUACCUCCACCUUCAUCACCAAAACCUUACCAUCAGUCCAAACAACCCUCUCAGCACAAGCAGAGGCCCUUGCUGCCCUCUCCCAUCAAUACCAAACAUGUGCCUACUCACAGGGACAACUCCAGGCGCUGCUUGAUGUGCUCUUCCAGACAGCGUUGCUCCGUGGGAAGGUGGUUCUCUGUGGGAUCGGCAAACUGUACAAGAUAGCAGCCAAGUUGGUGGCAACCCUCAACUCACUAGCCAUCCAGUCGUCACUUCUCCACCCGUCAGAGGCGCUACAUGGAGACUUGGGAAUGGUUCGUGAUGGUGACGCGUUGAUGUUUGUCACCGCGCUGGGGAACACCCCGGAGUUGCUCCAAUUGCUCCCACACGUGUCACGGACAGUCCCGAUCGUCUUGUUGACCUGUAGCAACGACCUGAAGCUCACCCGGAGCGGCCGGAUCACCCUGUUGUUGUAUGCGUCGCUCGCGCAACACUUGACCGAAGACUCGGUCCAUGGGCUCCCGGCGCCCACCAUCCUGACGACCCUUCUGCUUGCAUUGGCGGAUGGUGCGGUGUUGGCCCUUCUGGAGAUGUUGGAGGACGACUUGGCCAAGCGGAAGACUCGGUUCAGCAUGAACCACCCGGGGGGUGCCAUUGGUGCCAGCUUGAGCCAUUUGAACGUCAACUUGUUGGCGGCUUCUCUGACGGUUUCUCCGUCAACUGGGAGACCUCCAGCCACUAACAGCCAAGUUGGCAACCAGAUCACCAGUCAAAAUGGUGGCCAGAUCACCAGCCAAGUUGGCAGCCAAGUAGGAACUCAAAUAGGCACCGGCAGACCAACCCCUCCAUCCACCGCCAACGGCUACGACACAACCGCUUCUGCACAAACUGGAGGAGGAGGAGGAGCAGGUGCCACCAUCAUGAGUACCUCAUCCUCACUACUCUCCCUCAGUCAGAUCCGCCGUUGUGUGGGCACCACAUCCAACGGGACCUCACUCUCGUCUCUGGACGACGAAGAGCUCCUUCUCACGGCGCCUGACGGUGGUUCUGCUACUGCUACCACCACAACCUCCUGUGGCGGCCACCCUACCACGGGUGCUUCCACGGGUGCUACCACGGGUGUUGCCACCCCUGGACCGCCUCCCAAACCACGUUCAUCUCUGGAAGAUGCCACGUCACCCGUCAACGGUCUCCUGAGACCGUUCAGAGACUCCAUGCCCCAACUCUCAGACACCCCAUCGAAUCUCUCCGACCUGACGAUACGACUGGGCGGGGCUGCCACCGUCUGCUCCACCCCGACAACAGAGGCGCAGAUCACAGCACGGCCGUUCUCGGAGUUCACCCCACUCGAGGUUCUCCUGUGGAUCGCACUCCACGACCACAUCGUGCUCCUCCGCGAGAACGGGUCAAAGCAACGCGCCGACACCUCGGCCAUCCAACGCCUCUACCGGGCACACGGACAACACGACUGGCCAGAGUUCCUCAGACUUCUCGAGCUGCAGUUUGUGGAUAUAUAG